GAAGUCGUGUGCCAUUCUCUUGUGAAAAAGAAGAGAGGCUAAUUGUGACGAAUGCUCAAAAAGCUAAAGUCAUUCAGUUCUUUUUAAAAUCAUUUGAUACUAGUUGUUCGUCGACGUAUUUAAUAAUUUAAUUAAAUUUAUACAAACUUCUGAUACUAUAAUGGAAGAACUGGGCAUUAUUUUACCCGAUAAGGAUAUAGGUGAAAUUGAUUGCAAACCAGCUGUUGGUCAUUACACGGGAGCUGGAGAUGAAUUGGAUGUUGAAGAUCUUUAUACUAAAUAUAAGAAAUUGCAGAGGAUGUUGGAAUUUCUUGAAGUACAAGAAGAAUAUAUUAAAGAUGAACAACGUAAUCUAAAAAAAGAAUAUUUGCAUGCUCAAGAAGAAGUUAAACGUAUCCAGAGUGUACCUUUGGUCAUUGGACAAUUCCUAGAAGCUGUUGAUCAGAAUACUGGUAUAGUGGGUUCUACAACAGGCUCAAAUUAUUACGUACGAAUUUUGUCUACUAUAGACAGAGAACUCUUAAAGCCUUCUGCUAGUGUAGCGCUCCACAAGCAUAGCAAUGCUUUAGUGGAUGUGCUGCCACCAGAAGCUGAUUCUAGCAUUUCUAUGUUACAAGCAGAUGAGAAACCAGAUAUCCAAUAUAGUGAUAUAGGUGGAAUGGAUAUGCAAAAACAAGAGAUCAGAGAAGCAGUGGAGUUACCUCUCACUCAUUUUGAAUUGUAUAAGCAGAUUGGCAUUGAUCCACCUCGAGGUGUACUUAUGUAUGGACCACCUGGUUGUGGAAAAACUAUGUUAGCAAAAGCUGUUGCUAGACAUACCACUGCUGCCUUUAUUCGUGUAGUGGGUUCUGAAUUUGUGCAAAAAUAUUUGGGUGAAGGACCAAGAAUGGUACGAGAUGUAUUCCGUUUGGCAAAAGAAAACUCACCAGCUAUAAUAUUUGUUGAUGAGAUAGAUGCUAUUGCUACCAAAAGAUUCGACGCUCAAACUGGGGCAGAUCGUGAAGUGCAACGUAUUCUUUUAGAGUUACUUAAUCAGAUGGAUGGUUUUGAUCAAACAACUAAUGUCAAAGUUAUUAUGGCAACAAAUAGAGCGGAUACAUUGGAUCCUGCAUUGCUUCGUCCUGGUAGAUUAGAUCGCAAGAUUGAAUUUCCAUUGCCUGAUCGUCGACAGAAGCGCUUAAUCUUUUCCACGAUUACUGCAAAAAUGAAUUUGAGCGAAGAAGUGGAUCUCGAGGAUUAUGUAGCACGACCAGAUAGAAUUUCUGGUGCUGAUAUUAAUGCUAUCUGUCAAGAGGCAGGAAUGCAUGCAGUUCGUGAAAAUCGUUACAUCGUUUUAGCAAAAGAUUUUGAAAAAGGUUAUAAAAAUAAUAUUAAGAAAGAUGAGUCUGAACAUGAAUUCUACAAGUAAAUUGAAUAAUGUUCCGUUAUGUAUCUAUAUCUUAUAUACUUAUAUAACAUGCGUAUAAUAAUAGACAUGUUACAAGAUUUAAAUGAU